UAACAAUAAUCCUUAUUUUCUUCAGAAUAUACUAAAUACACAAACACUUAGCAAUGAAGAGUCUCUCCUAUAUUGCAUUUCUAUCUCUCUUGGCUUUGACAUUUCCAUUAGCCAUUGCUUCUGAUCCAAGCCCCCUUCAAGAUUUCUGCGUUGGCGUCAAUACACCAGCAAGUGGAGUGUUUGUGAAUGGAAAGUUCUGCAAGGAUGCAAGGAUCGUUUCCGCAGAUGACUUCUUUUCCUCAGUACUCAAUAGACCUGGAAAUGUAAAUAACGCUGUUGGGUCCAAUGUGACAACCGUCAAUGUUAACAACCUUGGAGGACUGAACACCCUUGGAAUCUCACUUGUUCGUAUAGACUAUGCACCCAAUGGUCAGAACCCACCUCACACUCACCCACGUGCGACUGAGAUCUUGAUUGUCCAACAAGGAACCUUGCUUGUAGGUUUUGUCUCUUCCAACGAAGACGGAAACCGUCUUUUCGCCAAAACGCUCAAUGUUGGCGAUGUCUUUGUGUUUCCAGAAGGACUCAUCCAUUUCCAGUUCAACCUAGGACGAACUCCAGCGGUUGCAAUCGCUGCAUUGAGCAGCCAAAACGCAGGUGUUAUCACGAUUGCUAACACAGUGUUUGGGUCUAACCCAGCUAUAGACCCGAAUGUUCUUGCAAGGGCAUUCCAGAUGGAUGCUAAUCUCGUCAGGGAUUUACAGAAUAGGUUCUAAUAAAAUAAGAAAUGUCUUAUGUAAUUGGAAUUGCUUUAUAUUACGUUCUUUCUUCAGAAUAAUGAUUACAAAAUCAGUAUGAUGUAUGAAGUUGUUUGUUUGUUGAUAUCUUAACUGAAGUUUUUCAGUGAAUAAAUAAUCUUAUGCCAAAGGUCAAGUGGC